AUGGCGGACUCAAAGCUUGGAACGUUAGCUGCUCGUGUGGUGGUUGAUCGAGGAAGUCAGCCACACUAUGGCGCGGAAGAUCCUAUCGUCGGCAAAAUCGUAGUGAGCUAUCUCCCGUACAGCAGCAUCUUCAAGAAAAAUGCAGCCACGGCGGACUACUUUGGCCCACUGAAGCUCGAAGCAACCCUCAGAGGCAAGGUGAAAGUCAAGGUCAAGCGCAGCCGCGAUACUGUCAUCUCCUCCGAUYACACGACUCGCCUAUUCAUGUGGCACUCUGAUGUUUUCAAUGGCAGCUUCAAAGCUGAAGUUGGGAAACAUUACGAGUUUCCAUUCCUGGUCCAUUUCCCGACCGCGAUAGGAGACUGUCCUAUACCGCCCUCCUUCAGCACAUACUUCUCCGACUAUCCUGAUCGCGUAGAUGCCGCGGUCGUUUACCGGCUAGGCGCAAAGAUCACCACGCCGGGUAUCAAAGUUGAGAAGAGCACACCGGACUUCAAUCCCGAGCCUGAGGUUAGGUUUCAAAUGCCGCGGCCUUCCCGAUCAAUACUGGGUGUACCUGGCACUGCGCUUCAGCAGAAAGCUGUCGUGCAGAACAAAAAGUUGCUGCCAGAAGCGAAGAGACCAACCGGCAUGAGGCAGAACUUCAAGGCGGCAUUCUCAUCAAACACAUAUCCAAAAUUCAGCGCCAAUAUAACAUGUACGAAUAUAGAUUCUGCCUGCCAUGGGAUCAAACCUCGCUUCACCCUAGCUAUUUCCCCGAUAGAUGGUGAGACCACAGCACCAUUCUUUCCGAACAUCAGUCUGAGGACUUUCGAGGUCAAACUGGUAGCUCAUACCACGGUCGACACCAGCGGGAGAGUCAUGGCCUCCAGCUCCUGCUUUGACUCCCACACCGCGCAGAGGUGGCUGCCGUCCUUGACCAAUCCCCGUCUACCUAUAGCGCUCUCCAAAACGAACGACCACAGCGUAGACAUCGAACUGGCGUCCUUCGAGGAGCACCCUAGCUCUUUUGCGCAUCCCAAAAUCUCGAGAAAGUAUUUCUUGGAGGUCAAGGCCGGAUUGAGUGUCGGACAUACUGCUGUCAUGUUCAACAAGCAGUUUCCAAUUGAGAUGCUGCCGUCUCCUGACCACACUUUGUCAGAUGUAGCUGAGCCAGGCCCAUCGCGACUCAUGGAUGAUGCGGAUCUUGGAGGAUUCGCAACACCACUCUACACGGCCGGUCCCUCGCAGAUCGCUGUCCACGGAGAAACAUAUCUGCCACCACCGGCAUACGCGCCUGAGCCUUUAGAUAGCGCUACCGAGAGGACUGAUCUCACGCUUGAGUAA